GUGGCAGAGUGCUAAAAGUGCUCGUGGCCAAAAUGCGUCUGGACGACGACAGCGCCGGCGACGAGAAUGACGCGUCGCCACCGAAACGGUCGCGAGAAUCGCCCACGCAAAGGCAAGAUUCACCCGUGAGGAAAUCCCGUGAAUCGCGGGAUUCCCCCAGCGAAAUACGAGACUCGCCUAAUAGAAAAUCGCGGGAAACGCGGGACUCGCCUGUCAGAAGGUCGCGGGACUCACCCGUCAGAAGGUCGCGGGAAUCGCGGGACUCACCGACCAGAAAAUCGCGAGAUUCGCCCCACAAGAAACCCGUGAGGUUCGACGCGCCCAGCCCGAAUGGAUCGACGGACGCAAGGGUUAUAGUGUCGGAAGUGGUACCCGAGCCGCAAAUGCUUGGCGGAGGUGACGCGCCACGCAGCGCGAGCGUGACGUCACGCGGCUCCCGCGACAGCCGCGCGGCGUCGUCCAGCGACAGCGACGAGCCCUCGGGACGCACGCGCCGCCCGCGCAAGCCCGUCACAUACAAGGAGAAGCCGCUCAACAGGAAAAUGAGAAGAUGAUCCGGAUGACUUUCUCUCGGCGUUUUUCAUUAUAAUACGUUUGAUGUUUAAAUCCAAACCAAUAAGGUGUCCCGAUCUGGUAACGACUACGUAAGCAUAUCCGGUCUGAAACAGGAUUCAGGAUCGCUCACUUAAACCUUUAAAUGUGACAUUUUAUCCUCGUGACUGAAGAGUGCUAAGCAAAGCCUGUAGAUCAGAUACGAUAGCGAACCAAAUAUGCCAGCGUUCACCAAAUCCUACUAAUAUUAUAAAUGCGAAAGGGUGGAUGUCUGGAUGUUUGUUACUCUUUCACGCAAAAACUACUGAACGGAUUUUCAUAAAACUUUACAGUAUUAUUGUUUAUAACCCAGAAUAAUAGGCUAUAAUUUAUGACGAUCUGUGACAAACUAAAUUUCACGCGGGUGAAGCCGCGGGCAAAAGCUAGUCCUUUAUAAGAAACCUCUGAGAGGUCUCUUCUUAUUUAAAAUGCUUGGCAGGUCCCUGUUUUUGAGGAAAGUCGUUUACUUUACAAGUAGGCACAGUCCCACUGACAUUUUACAAGACCAUACAUUUAAUUAAAUAAUACAAAUUUUAGAAAAUAUAUAUUCGCUAUCGUAUUCGGAAAA